UUCUUUUAUUAUAUGCUAAGAAGCAAUCCUCCGGUGAAAAUACCAGCAAGGGUUGAGAAGACAAAGAAAACAAGGUGAGGAAGCUGAGGCACUAGGAGAGUGUGUGACUUGACCAUGGUCCCGCAGUUUGUGGACAGCAGCCAGACCAAAAUCGAAUUACACCGACACUGUUCUCAUGCUGCCUGUCCAGAUGAGAAAUUUAUAUUGUCAGCGUAUUAUCUGUGAGUCUGAACAACGCUAAGAGUAUAUAAACCCAGUGGGCUCGGCUGCACAAGUACAGGGCUCAGGACAAAGCACAUCCAGAGGUCCGAAAAAGGGGCUUGGUCUCUCUCCACCUGCUCUGUUCCAGUCAGAAGGCAGCAAAAAUGAAAAGCAUUUACUUUGUGGCUGGAUUGUUUGUAAUGCUGGUACAAGGCAGCUGGCAACGUUCCCUUCAAGAGACAGAGGAGAAAUCCAGAUCAUUCCCAGCUCCUCAGACAGACCCGCUUAGUGAUCCAGAUCAGAUGAGUGAAGACAAGCGCCAUUCCCAGGGCACAUUCACCAGUGACUACAGCAAGUAUCUGGACUCCAGGCGUGCCCAGGAUUUUGUGCAGUGGUUGAUGAGCACCAAGAGAAACAAGAAUAACAUUGCCAAACGUCAUGAUGAAUUUGAGAGACAUGCUGAAGGGACCUUUACCAGUGAUGUAAGUUCUUAUUUGGAAGGCCAAGCUGCCAAGGAAUUCAUUGCUUGGCUGGUGAAAGGCCGGGGAAGGCGAGAUUUCCCAGAAGAAGUCGCCAUUGUUGAAGAAUUACGCCGCAGACACGCCGACGGCUCGUUCUCCGAUGAGAUGAACACGAUUCUUGAUGAUCUUGCCACCCGGGACUUUAUAAACUGGCUGCUUCAGACCAAAAUCACUGAGAGGAAGUAAGUACAAUACUCUUCAAGAUCAUCUUCA